AAUUCGUCGUCGUCGGGAGUGAUGUGGCUUAAGCAAAGAGGAAAAUCAUGAAACUCUCGGCUAGUGCUUGUUUUGUAAAUAUUCUGUGUCUAGGAUUAGCUUUCACAGUAAUCGGAGCAUUUGGGAAAAAAUGUGGCGAUCCCAAGUGCACAACUGUUAUUUCAACGGGAAGAGCAUCCAUGCGGUAUAUGGGAGCCGCAGGAGGAAAGGUGAACGUUGAUCAAAAUGAGAUGUUGCAGAUCCUGGCUAAACAAGUCGGAAAGAAUGAAGACUACCUAGUGCGCAAAGCAAACGGAAAAGAAGGCCUCGUAGCUAAAUACUUCUUAAAAGAAACACAAAUCUUCGUCAAAUCUUCCGAUCUAGUAACCGUUAGUGAUGAUGCUCCGCCUAGUGACCCCAAAGUGGAGCAAACAGAUGCCACCGGUGGAACGAAGGAUGUUCCUGGUGAACCUGUUCCUACGAAGGAAAUCGCAGACAGCAUAAGUGAAAGUUCCACAAAAGUACAUGACGGUACGGGUGUUCCGGUUGAGCCGGCACCUAGUUUGGAAGUCAUACCUCACACGCAGUCAUCGUCCGCGGACGGUACGGAUUUGCAUGUAACUGGAAAACCCUCAGUAGCAACUGAUGAUGCUUUGGAGAACAGCAAUGAAGAUGAUGAAGACGAGGAGGAGGAUGAUGAAGAGGAAAUUGAUGUCGAUGAUGAAGAACUGGGGGAUAUCGAGGAUGAACAAACUGAAGACAGCAAAGAAAUUGAUGGUAGCGUUUCUGCAAAUGUGCCAUCAAAAGGUGCAGCUUCUGCCGCUUCUGCAGUUACUGGGGACGCAUCUGUUCCCCCUGCAGUUGUAACAGACAGUGCUGUGCCCGUCGUAGCAGCCGAGACAAAUAAUGCCCCAGAGCAGUCAAACGUCCAACAUGAUCAAUUUCAACUCACCGGCCAACCCCUAGAGCAACCCGAAUCUAAAAGCUUCAGUUCGGAACCAUUCGCGUUAAAUGAAAAACUUGUAGAACAGAAAAUAGAUAGUGCAUUGGUUAUGGACAAUACAACGAAGGAUGAAACGGUUGAACAAGUUCCAGAAGUAGAUAGUCUGCGUAUAACAACCGCAAGCGUAUUGGACAAUACAACUGCUGAACCGAUAUCUGGCGAUACGAAGGAUGAUGCAAGUUCGUCCGAAAUACCGAUUAUCUCAGAAACUCCUUCACAGGGUCUAGACGAAGCUACAAGGGAACCAACACAGCAGAGCCAGCAUGUUACAUCUGAUAACAUUCUGAACGUGCCGGUUGAAGCCACUACCGAAGCACAUACUUUGCUGGUAGACGAAACGGUUACACCACCUCCAGCGGACAUUGAAAUCCCUGCACUAGUGGAAAUAGCUUCAGAAGCAAACAUUGUACUUCAAUCCGUUACACCAGUUCCGCUGGAAAUUGAUGUCCCCGUAACGGUAGAAGUAGUCAUGGAAGCAACAACACCGCCUACUCCGAUAGUUUCAAGUGAACCAGUAACGGAAAGUGUAGCGUCGGACACCAAACCAACACAUCCUAAUCGCAUUCUUUCCGGAGGAUUGGGUAAUCUACUUGCCCAUAGUCAUCAUCACCACCAUCAUCAUCAUCACCAUGGUAACCACGAUCAUCAUUCGCACCUUCCUCAUCAACACCAUCACAAUGAAAACGUUCCUCAGUACGAACAAGACAAAGACAAUUCUCAUGCAAUCGGAGUUCAAACCAUCGAUGAAACUCAUUUGCAUUUCCCUGAUCCAGUAGGGGUUGACGGACAGCAAAAAACAGGUGAUGGUCUCUAUUUUGACCCUACCGUAAACAACGGUGGUUUGCAACGCGAUACCAGCGAGCAGACGAGCAACAUUCCCAACACAGAAAAUUCCCUAAAUGAGAAAGAUUUGACCGGUUUUUGUAACGUUGAGGGAAUCAACUGCCCGCCUGUUACCGGAGGAGGGCAACAUGCGAACGGUGCUCAUGAAGAAGUGCUUCCACAAUCACCGAUAAUCGAGACACCAGGGCUUGAAACAGAUACCCGAGUGCCAACUCUACCGCCUCAAGCUAGCAGUGAAUGCGUUUAUACCGGGGAACCGUUCGGAGACUAUGUGGAAGUAUUCUUACGGGAAGCCCUCAAAAUGAGUGAUUUCAUUUUGCUACUAGCUAUAACGUCUUUCACGUUGCUCGUCUUUUCGCUGGGCCAUUAUAUGAUAAACAAAAAUCGACGCGAAAAACCACUGAUCUAUAAGUUAAACAUGAUUGAACGAGAUCUCAUGACGGCACAUAAAGAGAACGGACUGCUAAAAGCUGAACUGCACGAUACACGUCACAAGUUGACUAGCAUCGAGAACAACUCAUUCGGAUCCAACGAUAUGGUGAUCGCACUGAAAAACGAACUUGAACAAGCAGAAGUUGUGAAGCAGGAACUGCAAGCUCAAAUAGCGGGACUGGAGAAAGAGCUCGAAAAUGCGGCCGAGGCAGGUCUGGAAUUGAACAAAAUGGUAGCUGAACUGUUGAAUCAAAAUGGGAGCGAUACCAUUGCCACAAGUGUAGACGAACUGCAAAGACAGCUCAAUGAACAGCAGCAAACAAUUCUGUCCAUGAACGCUUCCCUAGCGGAAAAGAGUCGCGAAAAUAGUGAGUUACAAAUAGCGAUCGCAAAUCAAACGAGUAAGGCAAAUGAGCGGGUAGAAGAGCUACAGCAGGCGCGCACGCAAUUAACGAGCGAUUGUUUAAAGUUGACAGAGGAUGUAGAUCGUUUGAAGUCCGAGCUACAGUCGAAGGUAGAAGGUAUAAGAAAGGAGACUAGCGGUGAAAUCGAAAAGUUAACCAAGGACCUGAAAAUAGCACAAACUAAGGGCGAAGAACAACGCAAAGCACUGGCUGUCUCUGAAGCAAAGUGUGAUGCUUUAGAACAGUGUUUGAAGGACGCCAAAUUUUCUGCAGAUGGCACCAGUGGUAAUGUUGCUGGUCUCAUGGACACUGUAGAAUUGAAUGCCAAGAUCGCUCUUCUAACCAAGGAUAACAAAUCGUUGCAAGAUAAGCUACAGGGUGAAACAAUAGCGCGGCAGCUUGUGGAAGACCAUAUCAAAAUGGUGAAUGAAGAAAUUUCGAGCCUUAAAAGGGAUUAUGGGAAAGCGGAAAAAGACAAGCUUGAAGCGGAAACGAGGCUAGAGGUUUUGUCUUCUUACUUUAAGGAAAAGGAAACACAGCUACAAAAGGAACUAAGCGUAAAAGAAGCCAUGUGGAUGCAGCAACAGGGUGAAACAACAUCGACGGUAGAGAAGAUUCGACAUCUGCAAGAUGAAACACAACAGCUAAAAUCGCAGAAUGAUAAGCUACGUGCAGAGAUUGAGGCACAAGCUGCGGCACACAAGGCACAGUAUACUAUGCUUGAAACACGCUCGCAUGACGCAUGGCUAACUGCUCGCCAAGCGGAACGAAGAUUAGAAGAAUCCCGAAAUGAGUCAAGUGCUCUGCGACGCAAGCUGACGGCGCUUGGUGAUGUAUCUGCUGGAAGUGAUGGUGUUAUCAAUUUACCGAGCAUGUCUACGGACCUGGGAAUGACUGCACCAUCGCCUAUGCGAGUUGAAUCGCCAAACGCACCACCACCGCUUAUGGGCGUUCUGCCGCCGCCUCCCUUCAUGGCUCCAUUCAUGCCAGGUCCUCCACCACCGUUCUUGCCCCCGUUUAUGCCGCCUCAUCAUGGUCCUGGAGAAAUGAGGCCACCUCCACUAGGCAGGCUGAUGUCCCCUCCACCGAACCGCUAUUCUCCCAACAGUAUCAUUGAUGCCCGUGAUCGUUACAGUCCUGAUCGAGGACGAUACUCACCAGAUAGUCGAUAUGAUUACUCGGUAAUGUCAACGUACGAGACAGAGAAUGAUUUUAGUCCACCACCAUCGCCACCGCAUCACUCGCGGCAUUCGAAUUAUGAGCCGGACCGGGAUCGCGAGCGCGACCGUGAUCGGGAUCGGAACUUCAAAGAGCGUGAUCGAGAUCGGGCGAGCGAUCGUGACCGCGAUGGACGCUACAGUGGCAAUGGGGGCUACGCAAGAGGAUACACACCAACCGGUAUUCGCACUUCGCCACCCAUACAGGAUCCUAGGAACAAAAAAUACGCAGGAGGUUUCAGUUCCGGUUCACAGGAUUCUCUUGGAACACGUAAAAGCUCGAGCAAGUAUCGAGAAGGAAGAAAUCCGCACGUGUAAGGAACACGGCUCUUGAUAUAAGUAGAAAAUGUGAGCUGGAAUGCUUUCGUAUUAGGUUGAGUUGUUAAAUAUUGGUUGAAGUAAAACGGAUCAAAAUCAUAUGAAAACCAAAAAAUCUAUAGUUGGAGAAUAUAAUUGUUUGUUUGUUGAUUACAUUAACCUUGGUUGCAGGGGAAUCACAUCUUCAAUAGUAUUUGGAUGAAUUUUAAACAUUACAAUCAGUCGAUCAAAAUGAACAAAGACAUACAACCGAAUUUGCUAAACAUGGGAAAAUAUAUAAAAAGGAACUUAUUACUUAUUUAAUCGGGUUUAAAACAAUUUUAAUGCCGACCGCUGAAAGAAUCAAUCUAGUUGAUAGUGGAACCAAUCGUAGUAGUCGAAAUCGGAUGGAGAAUCGUAGUCAAUAUGCAUCACAGCAAUCGUCGAAGACGUGAAAUGCAAGAGCUCUUUCGCGUCAAUUUGAAAUUGCUUUUCGCCACGAUGAGACGUCUACAGGGCCCUCCAACCAGGAUUUCUGAAGAGCGCACUGAGUACAAAUCAUCAGUUUUGCCGUGGCAACGUGGAACUGGAUCCAGCGGGGUUGCCAAACCUGCGCAAUCAGCUUCUAGAAUCUUAUCGCGCAACAAUACGUUCAGUGUUCUCAAGAAACCCUCUAGCAGCUUUUUGGGAGUCCAAACACCGCAUAGCGGAACGGUCCUCGGGGUGCAACGUAGCAAUCGCUGGGGUAGUGUGGACAAUUUAUCCAUAAAUCGAAAAACGUCGGUUCCACCUAACAAUGUAAAGGGUAGCACUACGGCUCCUCAAUAUACAUCGAAUAGUUCGGUCACAAUGGAGAACAAUAAGAAUCGGAGUGUGAAUUACUGUCCGUCAGAUGUUCGACAAGCUAGCAUGAUACCGAUCAUGUUACCAGCAUGUGUUCAGCCACAGAAACCGAUGGACGGGUUCUCUGAAGUGCAUCCCCGGCCAAGGCCUCCUGCAAUUCGCAUACAUCACG